AUGUCAACAUCCCGUGAAGAUUCUGUUUAUUUAGCUAAAUUAGCUGAACAAGCUGAAAGAUAUGAAGAAAUGGUUGAAAAUAUGAAAGCUGUUGCUUGUUCAGGUCAAGAAUUAAGUGUUGAAGAAAGAAAUUUAUUAUCAGUUGCUUAUAAAAAUGUUAUUGGUGCUAGAAGAGCAUCAUGGAGAAUUGUAAGUUCAAUUGAACAAAAAGAAGAAGCUAAAGGUAAUAAAUCUCAAGUUAGUUUGAUUAGAGAAUAUAGAACAAAUAUUGAAAAUGAAUUAUCAAAAAUUUGUGAAGAUAUUUUAGAUGUUUUAACUAAUCAUUUAAUUAAUUCUGCUCAAACUGGUGAAUCAAAAGUUUUCUAUUAUAAAAUGAAAGGUGAUUAUCAUCGUUAUUUAGCAGAAUUCACUAUUAGUGAAAAGAGAAAAGAAGCUGCUGAUUUAUCAUUAGAAAGUUAUAAAUCUGCUUCUGAUGUUGCUGUUACUGAAUUAUCUCCAACUCAUCCAAUUAGAUUAGGUUUAGCUUUAAAUUUUUCUGUAUUUUAUUAUGAAAUUUUAAAUAGUCCUGAUAGAGCUUGUCAUUUAGCUAAACAAGCUUUUGAUGAUGCUGUUGCUGAUUUAGAAACUUUAUCUGAAGAUUCUUAUAAAGAUUCUACUUUAAUUAUGCAAUUAUUAAAAGAUAAUUUAACUUUAUGGACUGAUUUAUCUGAAGCUCCUGCUCAAAAUGAUCAAGAACAAGGUGAUUAUAAAGAAGAUGAAUAA